AUGCUGCACAUACUCCUGGGCAUUACCAUUUUGUUGGCCUGCAGCCAGGCCUUCCCAAUUCCCCAUGAUUCGGCUGAUGACAGUUCGGAUGAGGACCAUUCGGACAAGGACCAUUCGGAUGAGGAUCAUUCGGAUGAGGACCAUUCGGAUGAGGACCAUUCUGACGAGGACCAUUCAGAAGAGGACCGUUCCAAUGAGGACGAUUCAGACGAGGACGAUUCAGAUGAGGACGAUUGGGAUGAUGAUGACUGGUUGGAAUACCUUGACCACUACUAUCCAUGCAGAGAUACAGUCAACCAUACCACUAAAGAAAAACUUGAAGUGAUGCAGAAAUUCUUCCAUUUGGCUGUAACAGGAGACCCAGACAAUGAAACUGUAGAGGUGAUGCAUCGGCCUAGGUGCGGAGUCCCUGAUGUCUUGGAAUAUAACAGAAUAUCUGGAAAACCAAAAUGGGAAAAGAACCAUUUGACUUACAGAAUCAAUAACUACACUACCGAUAUGGAUCGAGGGAAGGUAGAAGAAGCAAUAGUGAAUGCUUUUAAAGUAUGGAGUGACAUCACCCCGCUGACGUUCCAAGCAGUAAAAGAAUCUGCUGAUAUCGAAAUUUGGUUUUCAAGGCGCGCUCACGGUGAUUUCAAUCCUUUUGAUGGAAAAGGUGGAACCCUGGCUCACGCUUAUGCCCCAGGUCCAGACAUCGGAGGAGACUGUCACUUUGAUGAGGAUGAAAAGUGGUCCGAAAAAGACAAUGAUGUCAACCUUUUUGUGGUUGCUGCACACGAAUUUGGUCAUUCUUUGGGUUUGGACCAUUCAGAUCAUCCUGAUGCCUUGAUGUUCCCUACUUAUUCUUACACGGACCCAGCUAAAUUCAAACUUCCGGAUGAUGAUAGGAAAGGAAUUCAAAGUAUAUAUGGGCCAAAUCCAAAUGAAGCUGCGGCUACAGAGGAAUAUGACGAACCAGGGCACAAUGACAAACUAGGGCACAAUGAUAAUUCAGGGCACAAUGAUGAUUCAGGGCACUAUGACGACUCAUGGCACUAUUAUUCUUAUGAAUCCAAAGAAAUAUGGGGAUCCACAUAA